ACAGUUCCCGGUGUGGGAAGUGCUGAAAAAGGAGUGGUCAGCCCAUCAACAGAUGCCUUUGAAUCCGAUUCAGUCGACAGUUUGCGGGGCAGCGGCCGGCGGUUUGGCUGCGCUGUUGACCACACCGUUAGAUUUGGCCAAAACUAGGAUAAUGUUGGCCGAGAAGGGAAAGGCGUUUUCGUUCACUGAUAUUCUAGUUGUCCUUAAAGUCAUUUAUCAAAGAAAUGGAUUUACCGGUCUAUUUUCUGGUGCCGUUCCCCGUGUGACUCAGAUAUCAAUAGGUGGUGCAAUAUUCCUCGGCGGUUAUGAUAUUAUAUCCAACUUUUUGAAGGAUUUAUGA